AUGACUGCUGUAAAGGAAUCUCAUUAUAUCACGACAAGCAUUGCAACAAAAGCUAUAAAACUUAACUGUGGUUGGGCCACAAUAACAGUCUUUGCUGAUGCACGGAAGGGCAGGCUCGUGUACCAGGCCACGAUCCAACUGCUACAAGGUAAACUGUUUCCAGAAAUACCACCCACCACCCUACCGCCUUCAGACGUCUCUACCACGUUUGGAGGUGACAGGGCCAAGCCACUGUUGCACGAAUGGCCAGAUCCACCCGGGGAAGUAUCACGACCUCAUAGGAGACCGGCG